AUGACCAGUUUUCUACCUUCGAUACCAAAGAAGAAAGAAAACAUCCGCGUUUUUGUUCAACGAAAGCGCUUAUCGUCACGGAAAUCUGUCCCGAUACGGUCCGAUAGUUUGACACAAUUAACAUCAAUCCUAAACAAACAGCUGGUUAAAAAGAAUAAAAAUCUUAUUCUUGUCAAUUAUAAACCAGUUUUCAUUCAAUCAAGUGAACAGAAAUCUGUGCCACCAGCUCGCCAGUCUCCGAAGGCGACAACAGUGUCGAAUCCUAAUCGAACUAAGCAACAAUCGGAGUCUAUUCAUGUUCCUGAUGUCGAAGAUCCAUUUAUGUUUAUUGAAAUGAUGUAUCAACAGUUAUUCACCGAAGAUGGACAAUUGCGAAAUGAGACUCAACCAGAAGUUUUAGCUAAUUGCGUCAAACAGAUUGUCACACAAUCAAGACGUAGUUCAAUGGCAUUACGAGAUUCCUGUCCACGAAAAAACGCCGCGGCAUCGAGGACAGCAUCUGUAUCAUCGUGGACGUCGCCUCAUUUCAUACCAAAUACCUUCAGUGAAGAAGAAGAAGAAGAAUCGCUAACGUUACGCCAAAGAAACAAAAGAAUCGAUCACUCGACACGAAGUUCAAAACGAUCAAGUAUGGACCAUACAGAUCAUCAACAUUUGCAUACAUUUCUCCAUUCCUGUCAUCAAAAGCAAUCCUCCUCAACAACUCAAACUCAACGAAAAUUCGAUCCGUUACUAUCUGCGGAUGAUACAGACAAUGAAGAUCUUGAUACAUUUUCUGAUUUCAAUUCUUCUCGCAGAACGAUUCGUCCAUCUCCAGCAGCUAGCUAUGAUGAAGAUACAACUGAUUCGAAACGAUUGUCAUCUGGUUAUCAUUCAUUGGCCGCAUCACACCGUUCGCCAGUGUUGAAAACCGAUUUCAAUCUCGAACAUCAUUCUCAACCUGUACAAACUGCGACAACAUCUAUCGUCACUGUCAUUCAACCAAUUCGAGAAUUCGUUACAAAAUAUCUUGAUUUCAUUCUUGUUAGUAAAAAUAUUCUCUUUAUACCUUUGUUUAUUUUCCUCUUACAUCAACGACCGAUACCAGUACGUACUUGA